AUAACGGACAAGAUGGACGUCAAAUGUGGAAGAUUUUAAUAAGGCGCAAGAUUUUUUAAACCUUAAGUUAGUUUUAGCGUUGUUCAUCAUUUAAAUAACUGAAGUCACUGUAGAUCUUGUUGAAAUGAUUGCUUUCCAAUAAAUUAACGAUUAGUAACGUUGCUGACAGAAACUGGGAAGCAGUAAAAUCCUUUCAAAAAGGAUCAUGGCACUGUCGAAAAAUGAAAGUUUCCCUGGUGAUACUACAAUAACACCUCCUGAAGAAGAAGUGGUUUCCAAAAGGUCUCCAUGUGUACCGGGACAGACCAAAAUCUCGACCGCCAGAGUUUUAACCCAGGAGGAGCUGAACAGACUCAGCGGUGAGCGGGCUCUGGUGUCCGACUUCAAACAGAUGAAGUUGGAGAAAGAAGCUCAGAAAAACUGGGACUUGUUUUACAAAAGAAACACGACAAAUUUCUUCAAGGACAGACACUGGACCACCAGAGAAUUUGAAGAGCUCAAGGCAUGCAGAGAGUUUGAGACCCAGAGGCUGGUGCUGCUGGAGGCCGGCUGCGGUGUAGGAAACUGCAUCUUCCCUCUGCUGGAGGAUGACCUCAACAUCUUUGUUUAUGCCUGUGACUUCUCACCACGAGCUGUAGAAUUUGUCAAACAAAACCCUCUGUACUCCCCUGAGCGCUGCUGUGCCUUCCAGUGUGAUUUAACUAAAGAUGAUCUGAGGGAAAAUGUGCCUGAGGGCAGCGUGGAUGUUGUCACUCUCAUCUUUGUCCUGUCGGCCAUCCACCCUGACAAGAUGAAGCUGGCUUUGCAGAACAUCAGCAAGGUGCUGAAGCCCGGAGGCAUCGUCCUAUUCAGGGACUACGGCCUGCAUGACCACGCCAUGCUCCGAUUUAAAGCUGGCAGCAAGCUGGGGGAGAACUUCUACGUCCGCCAAGAUUGCACCAGGUCCUACUUCUUCUCUAAAGUUCUUGGUUGGUCUGCUUCACAAACAGAAGUGGUCAGCUUGCAACUAGCAAGUUGCUGGCUGAGCUGUUUGCGGACGCAGGCCUCCAAUCUGUUGCUAAUGACUAUGUCCUGAGAGAGACGGUUAACAAAAAGGAGGGGCUUUGUGUUCCCAGAGUGUUCCUACAGAGCAAAUUCACCAAGCCCGGCCAAUCAUAGGGCUGCUGAUGUCACUUGGCCUGUGUCUGUCACCUCAUAAAUCUCCAAAGGUGCCGAGAAACAUAAAACUGAAAUGUCUUCUUGACAUUGGAUGCCAAAGAAAUUAUUAUAUUCUUUGGGAGAAUUGAUAGCCUAAACGUUACAGAAGGGGGCUUGUGGCCUACACGCUGCUGGUUUUGAAUCCUUCAGACCAUGAGGGAGAUGGAGGUGGGUAAGAUAGAUUGAUAAUGUCUCCUCCCACUAAUCAACUGCUGUCUUUUGCCCUUUGGCUCACUGACACAUUGAAGCUGCUCCUUCACCAACAGAUGAAGACGGUGCUUGUACUGGGAAUCAGGUGGAACUAUAUGAACGUGAAGCACAAAAAUGCCAACAGGAGCAUGACUGUUCGGCAAAGCCUUUAGCUGGAUUCAAUAGUGAAUCUCUGUGAACAGUAUUUAGUGGUUCAGGUCAGUUUAAACUCCAUUUCACUGUCUUCGUCAAACUCUGACCAGCAUGUAACAUCACCAUGAGAAGUUUUUGAUUGUCUCCAGUGUAAUUUUCUCUACCCCUUAUUCCCCCUGAAAUUAAGUUAAUGUGAUCAUUUUUCAAUGUGGUGAGUACUUUUAAUUAUGUGUUAAUUAAUUUUAAUGCUUUUCACCAUCUUUGCCUACAUCUACUUCGAAACAAAAACAGUGUUCAACUGCAUUAUGUCAUUUCACAUAAAAAUAUUUUCUGCUGUAAACCACAGAGGCAGAUAAUAAUCAUACGUGUACAUCAACAUUGUGACUUUUUAAAAAUAAACAUUUUGGUGGUUA